UCAGCAUCAUGGACACCAAGUUAAUCUUUUUCUUUGCCCUCCUGGAUCUCGCCUUCGCCGAAGAAGCGAAGAAAGUCGAACAGAAAAAAUCCGAUGAAACGGCAAAAUCAAAGCGAGGUUUAGUUGGACUUGGAUAUGGAGGAUAUGGUUUUAGUGAUCUGGCUUACGCAGCUCCAGCCUAUUCUACUUACCACUUAAGUGAACCCUCAACCCACACUCACACUGUUAUCACCAAGGAAGUUCCGGUGCCAUAUCCGCAACCAGUUGCUGUUCCUGUUGAAAAACAUAUCCCAUACGCCGUUAAGGUCCCUUAUGCAGUCCCAGUCGAUCGCCCAUAUCCGGUCCAUGUGCCGAAGCCCUACCCAGUGGAAGUAACCAGACAUGUUCCAGUCCCAGUGGAUCGCCCAUACCCAGUUGCCGUAAAAGUUCCAGCUCCAUACCCAGUUGUCAAACACAUUGGUAUCCCCUACCCCCAACCCGUUGUUGUUGAAAAAUACCAACAACCCCUUGUGCUCGAAAAAUACCAAUCCUACUCAAAUGGCUGGAAUUAAAUUUGUAAUGAGAUUUGAAUCUACAACGAACUGCAAUCCAGUCUUCCAGGAUCAACGAUCUCAAUACCCAGAUCAUGGAAAACUGAUCCAACUGAUCUUGUUAUUGGAUUCUACUGGUAAAAACAAAGAGCAUCCAGAACUUUCGGGAUUUUAAAACCAAUCGUUGCAGCUUGUACAGAUUUAUUAUGAUUCUUAAUUGAGUCCUUCUCUAGAAAAAUCACCCCAGUCGGCUUAGGUUUUAGUUUUUCACAAACCAAGAAGGAUGUGUUAUGAUUUUUUAUAUGUUUGCACAAACUAAAACAGGUAGUUUUUUAUUUAUAAAAGCACAUUUUGAAAACUUGCUUUGGCAAUUUCGUACGAAUUUUGUAAUUAAGGUCGUUUUUCUAGAGAAAGGUUUAGUUGGAACUUACCUGUAAAUGGCUGAGGAUUUACUUCAUGAAGAAACAUUUUAUACUUGGCUAAUGACAUAUCUUUCAUUCUUCGUUGGAAGAAGAGGUCCUCUAAAUUGUUUCGUGUUUCUUCGACGAGUAGCGUUUUGCUUCGUUUUUGUUUUUGUAAAUAUUCGAGAAAACGUUACUCCCGUGAAACCGUUACGUAUAAGUAUUGAUCAUGUUGCAAGUGUUCAUCGACCUUCACUCUGACAGACAUUUCUCAUCCAAAGUGGUGAAAUCUAUGCAGUGAUGAUCUUUUUAUCUUAUCGUUAGAUUUAAGUUUUUUACUUGGACUUUCGUUGUCCUUGGGGCAUUGACUGCGUCGAAUUUAUUUUCG